GUUACACGACACGUGACACUGCGGUUAAAAUAUUCUUUGGGGGGAAAAAGGCGUUUUGGGACACCACCCACAGCAGGACGUUAACAGCGUUAACGUUACAUAUUAUACUGCAGAAGAGACUAACGUAAAGUUAAGAAACUAAACUUGGAAUGAGCUACGUUAGCUAGUUGACGAGCAUUGCCAGAACGUUCUGGCAAUAAAAGUGUUUGCUAACUACUGUAAUUGUGUCUGACUCGUAUUGUGACAAAUCACAAUAAAUAUACAACAUGGCGUUCCUGAAGCUGGUGGUAAGGAUGACCCUCGCCUCCAUCAGUCCUUAACGUACUACAGUCAGGGAAGAGGAGCUAGCAUGCUAAGUUAGCCUGAAACAGUGGUAACCUAACGUUAGUUUAUCACGCUGUGUGGCGAUUGGGUGAUCCUUUCCAAAACAAACUGUCAUACCUGUAAGUAACGUUGGAUCGGAACCAGCUUCAAAACGGCAUCAGCAGGGGAGAAACUGGACUCAUCCGGCUCAGCAUCCAGGUCAAAGAUGGAGUUCGCAGCGGCUCACCCAGCUCUCAAAGCCUUUAUGUGUGGCUCUCUGAGUGGCACCUGCUCUACGCUGCUCUUCCAGCCUUUGGAUCUGAUCAAGACACGGCUGCAGACCCUGCAGAACGAUGCCAAGCCGGGUGCACCGAAGGUGGGGAUGUUUACAGUUCUUGUAAAUGUUAUUAGGAAAGAGAAUUUCUUCAGUCUGUGGAAGGGAGUUUCACCCUCAUUUGUGCGCUGCAUCCCGGGGGUGGGCAUCUACUUCAGCACCUUCUACUCCCUGAAGCAGCACUAUUUCCUGGACCGGGCACCCAAUGCUGGCGAGGCUGUUCUGCUCGGAGCGGGUGCGAGAACAGUGGCUGGUGUCUGCAUGCUGCCAUUCACAGUCAUCAAGACUCGCUUUGAGAGUGGCUGUUACAACUAUGUGAGUGUGGCCGGGGCUCUGAGGAGUAUGUAUGAGACAGAGGGAAUCAGGGCUCUGUUCUCAGGGCUGACUGCCACGCUGCUCCGAGACGCUCCGUUCUCCGGCAUCUACGUCAUGUUCUACAGCCAGGCUAAGAAGGGGCUGCCUCUAGAGGUGGCUUCUUCAGCGUACGUCCCGCUGGUGAACUUCAGCUGUGGGGUGGUGGCAGGCGUCAUGGCGUCGCUGGUCACACAGCCUGCAGACGUGGUGAAGACACACAUUCAAGUCAGGCCGUCCCAUUGGAGCACGGCAGAUGCUGUUCGCUACAUUUACAUGGAGCAUGGCAUGGGCGGGUUUUUCCGCGGGGCUGUACCCAGGUCUCUGCGACGCACUCUGAUGGCUGCUAUGGCUUGGACUGUGUAUGAGCAGCUGAUGGCUCGGAUGGGUCUCAAAUCCUGAAGAGUUGAACAGUGUUGAGCUACAGUGAAACAGGAUGAAAAAUGAGGGGAUAAUGAUACCCAGUAUUUUCUCACUGAAAGCCCCAUGAAAGAAGGAAACGGAGCUGAGGAGCUUAUAGAGACAGUGAUCAAGCACUACCAAGAUUUUGAAAAGAGGAACCAGGUGGAUAAAUGUUUGAGUAAGAAUGCUUGAGUGUGUGCGUGUUUAUGUUGAUAUUUAAGUAUGAAAAUGUGCCUAUUUGUGUCUGUAGGUGUGUAAAUUCGAGAUAGUGAUGUUAUACCUGACACACUCUUAAAUCAGUCUUGGACUGAAGCUACACUCCCUGCUGUGAAGUGAACUUAUUCCUCCUCUAACUAUUUAUGUUUGGACAGCCUGAGAUAUGGCUGCCACUAAUAAAAGCUAACUGUGCUAUGCAGCAUUGUUGCCCUUGA